GUUACAAGUCCGAAGUGCUAACCAGUAGGCCACGGCUGUCCCAAAGACCACGGCUGCCCCAAGUGUCAGAAUGCUGCACCUGAAUAGCAAUAAGCUGCUGGACUCAGGAGUGGAACUUUUAUGUUCUGCACCUAUUUGUUUGACCAAAGACUUUGAUCUAGCCUAACAUGACUAUUUAAAGGUAAUUCAUUGUCAAAGCACAGCACACAAUGUAAAUGAACAAUGUAAAUGUCUAACAAACAACAAAACACACACAAACUGCUACUUUUACUGACUAUAAAAUCAUAAACAUUUAGGCACUUUAAGAUGAUGAACCCAAAAUGUACCUGCACAGUGCAAAAGUGCACUAAAUUCAACAGAAAUGACUCCACACACCUGGAGGAGGUCUGUGUCCUUUCUUUUCCAGAUAUUAUUGGAUUUCAAAUUUUGGCCACAGUGUUCUUUCCUUAUCGGGUAUUGAGAUAUGUAUGGCAGGUAUUGUAUCAAAGUCAUAAUUUUGCUAUUGUGAAAACCGUAGUAGAGGAUGGUGGUUUAAUAUUCAGAUGUUUAAACUCUGUUUCAGCCUGAGUUACUGUGAUCUGACUGAGAAGAGCUGUUCCUAUCUGGCCUCUGCUCUGACCGCACACUCCUCAAGUCUCAAACUGCUGAACCUGAAUCUCAAUGAGCUGCUAGACUCAGGAGUGGAACUUUUAUGUCCUGCUCUUUGUCAUCAAAACUGCAAACUGGAGGAACUACAGCUAUGGUACGGUAAUCUGACGGAUAAAAGCUGUUCCUAUCUGGCCUCUGCUCUGACGUCAGAUUCCUCAAGUCUCAGACGGCUAGACCUGAGGUUCAAUAACCUGAUUAGUGAAUCAGCUGUAGAGCAGCUCUCUGCUCUAGUGGAGGACCCACACUGCAAACUGGAGAAGCUAGAAAGCAAAUGGGGAACAGUAUGAGUGUUGAGCCACGGCCCUGAACUGGAUGGGGUCCCACACACACACACACACAAGCACACACACACACACACACACACACACACACACACACACACACA